AUGUUGAGAGACAAAUUGAAACGCAUUCAAAAGGAAUUGAAGAAUGAGAAGAAGAAACAAGAGGCAGCAAUGAGUUCCUCUCUCAAAGAGGCACCAUCAUCAUCAUCAGGAAAUUCUUCAACAUUAUUAACGAAGAGUCAACACGAAAAAUCAUUGGCCACAAACAUUCCAAAUUCAAAACAAGGAAAUAAUGACCCCGACAUGAAAUCAUCAAAAAAGUCUCCAUCUUCUCUUUCAAAAUCUAAAAAAGGAGAUUCAAAGCCUUCUUCUUCUUCAAAUAAUGAUGACACUAAUAAUACCGACAAGACAGAAUCUAAGAAGAGAAAAUUAGAUCAAGCUCUCUCCAACUCAGAACAGAAAUCCUCCAAAAAGAAGAACAAGAAUCCAAAAAAGAAGAAAAAACAAGAAGAGAAGGAAGGGGCAGUGCUCAAAGUUCAAAACGAAAAUAUUUUCAUUACGGAACAACAAUUCAAAGAGUGUUUCCCAAAUUGUAGUGCCGUGUUGAGAAUUGGACCACGAUUAAUUCUAGUUGCAUUUGAGAAAGAAGAGCAAGCUAUAGAAUAUUUAAAACAAGAAGAAGAAAAGCAAGCCACAACAAAGGCCAGUGAUGAAUUGCAGAAUGACCACAACUACAAAAAAAUUUCUGUAAAAAAGGAUAUUAAUGGACAACAAUUUACAAUUUCAUUGCAUGGUACUAAGGAUAUUUAUCGUCCAAGUUGGUUUGAUGUGAAGCCCAGAACCACUUCGGGAGUUUCACUUGGAUUGAACGAGAAUCAAAAGGUGACAUCAAAAUUUGCAUCCUUUUUGGAAAAAUCACUGCUUGAGAAAUUUGGAAGCUCUGAAAAUGUGUCCAUCAGUGACAUUCAUAAGGGAAAGAUUGUGUUUUUCGAAGAUGCAUCAGUUGAAGAGAAAUUCAAAAAUUUGAUUGAAAGUGGUGCAUUCAGUGUUCCUCCAGAAUAUAUUCGAGAAAAGAAGAAGAAGGAGCGAAAAUCCAAGAAAUAA